CGUCGUAUUAUUAUAUUUGUUAUUAUUUACGAAAUUUAAUUUUAAAAAUCGAGAAAGGGCAUUAGGGAUUCGGGAGCUCUUAUUUUCCUCCCAUUUCCUCCUCUACGAACCGCCCCGGCGACGCCGCCGCCGAUCCUCCUCCUCUUCCUCCUUCUCCCCUCUCUCUCUCGCGGCGCCUGACCCCAGCUGGCCUCUCCCUCCCCUUCCACUCCUCUGAGAUCCGACGCCGCCUCUCUCCCCGACCGAUGACCACCCGUCUCGUUGCCGACCGCUCCCUAGAUCCCCCUUCCAUCCGGUUCGACGCCAUGACCGGCGACCCAAAGCUCCCAAUACCGAGGCCCUUAAACCUCCCACCUCCUCUCUGGCCGCCUCGUACCCAUUCCCGGCCGGUCGAACUCUCCGACCCCGACGGCCGACAUCGAUGGCGGAAGAAGAACCAAGCAGUCGAAUCGUCCCCAAAUCGGACUCCGACGUCACAACGGGUGCGUUCUCUACUUCUCUUUCUCGCACGAGCGACGGACUUAGGCCUGGGCCUGUUCAGUUCUAGACCUUGAAAGAUACGGGCCGGGCGGGUCUCAGGAUUUCCCGUCCGUAGCCGGGCCGGGCCCGAGGAUUUCACGUCCGUAGAUGGGCCGGGCCGGGCGGGUCUCAGGAUCUCACGUCCUUAGCCAGGCCGGGCCGUCCUCGGUGUUUGGAAAUUUUCUGUAUAUUUUCCCAGUAUGCUCGAUUCCGAGUCUAACUCGGAUUAUCUGAAGACCUUUCUUAAUUCGGCAAAGGAGAGAGAGAGACUUCUGCUAUAAAGAAGAGCAAGCGGAAAAAAAAAACAACGAAAGAGAAGCGAAAAGAAAACUAGAAAAGUUUCAAACAAAGAAGAAGAGAAAAACACAGAGCAAGCAGAGAUGGAGGAAGAUGAAGGCAUUGGAAACGUUGCGCCCGGCCACCACUUCAGGCCUUUUCCCAAGGAGCUGGUGGAAUUCUACCUUCGGCCCAGGCUGUUGAACCAACCCCUACCAAACCAGGCUAUCAAAGAGUUGAACCUCUACGAUUUCCACCCCAGGGAUAUUUUAGGUAAUACACCUCCUGGUAAGCAUCUAUAUUUCUUCACUCCAAGAAAAAAGAAAUAUCCUAACGGAACAAUGCCCGCUCGCGGAACAAAAGGGGGAUAUUGGAAGGCCUCAGGAAAAGAUACGAUCAUCAGAAAUAAAUAUGCAAAUGAGAUUGGUCGCAAGAAGUCUCUUGUCUUCUAUGAGGGGCACCAACGUAAUGGAACAAGAACAAGAUGGCUGAUGCAAGAGUACACUAUUAAGGAAUUCUGGUUUCCUACCAACCAAAACAAGGAUGAGCUUGGUGCUCUGGCUUUGUGUGAAAUAUACUUAAAGCCAACACCAAAUCAGUCGAGGGAUGGCAAGCUUCAAGUGGAUGAACAGGAAGUGGAGGAAGAAGGAUCACCAUCUCCUUCUUCGGAUAACAUAUUUGCUGAUCGUCGAGUCCGGCCACGUCCACCUCCAUGCAACCAUGGCAAGGAUGCCCCGGUCGCUUCUACGAGUGGGUGCCCAUCAGCAACGGCGAGGCCUGGUCCUUCCAUGCCAUCCAUGGGCUACAAUAAUCUCUGGAGCCACAACAUGGUGCUAAUUCCUCAAUCCAGCCUCAGGCCAGGGGGUCCUCAGGCUAUGGGGGGUUAUCGUAGCAGUCAUCAGAUCAGGCCACUACCUGCUCAUCACCGUCAACCUGGCCAUGUUGCUCGCUCAUCUGGUUUCGGCAACGCCGGUGGUCUUCUCCUGCAUACGAUGUCUCCGAUGCAGCCUGGCGUCUUGGUUCAUUCAUCCUACUGUCACUGUGUGGUAUCGGCGCCAUCGCCGCAGUUUGGGAGUUCAGCCAUUUCAUCCUUUCGAAACCAGCUGGUGCCGCCCAAUAUAGCUGCUUCAUCCUCCCAAUAUCAACUACCGCUGCAAUUCAACUUUGAAGCUCGCCAAUCCAUGUCGUCAGACUCCAAAACAUCUCCACAAACAACUCUCUGGCCACUACCGAGCCACUUGAGUUGAUGGUGGAGAACAUCUAGAUUUCCAGGUUCAGUAACAUAGAUUAGGAAUCAAGUGUGUCUUCAUUUUCUCUUUUUUUUUGGUUGGUCGAGUAGGAAUCAAGGUUGAAUUGAGGUUGAAUUUAGUUUUAGCUUUCUUAGAAGUUCUAUUAGUCUUAGUUGCUCGCUAGGUAGCAUGGGAUUCACUCAUUCGCAUGGACCAGGAGUCCGAUUUUAGAUUCGUAUGAGUUCAGAAUGUUCUUGAAAUCAAGGAACUAAUGGAGGAAAUUCGUUUAUUAAA